GAUUCCAUCUCCGCUAACACAGUGUCUACCAAUUCGUGGAAAAAUGCAGUUAACUCCGUCGGUGUACUCAGCGGGUUUCAUUGCCAUAUACCUACUCAAUGUUAUUUAUACUACACCUCUAGAUAAAAUGAAAAAGAGACAUCUUCAAACAGAAUCUUUCGGCAUCUUAGAAUUAGAUUUAGAUGAAUCCAUAGUUCAACAAAUAUACGAAGACAAAUUAUUAUCAAAACUAAAAGAUAUUGAUGAAGAAAAUGCACGUAAUUACACCAAAAAUAAUAAUACAGGAAGUAACGUACAAACGAGACUUGUUACAUUUGGUCAACAAACAAAUGUCAACAACCAAGUCGCAAAUCUCCUCAACCAUCAAAUUAGCAAUCAAAUAACUAACGAAUUAAUUAACGCAGUUUCUGCUCAAAUUCCUUUAAAUCAAGAUGACAUGGCUGUUGUUUCAGUAGCGAUUCCACAAGCUACGUUACAAAGAACAGUUGGGAAUGUUAUAGCAAAUCAACUUUUUAUUAAUAGAAACCAAAAUAAUUUAGACCAAUCAUCUAAUAAUCAUAAACAAGUUGAGCAAAACAAUGAAGAACAAAAUAAUUUGGAUUCACCCCAAAAAUUUCAUCCAGUAAAAUCAUCUUUACAUCACGAUUAUUCCAACCAAAAGCAACUUAAGCAUCCAGAUUCAGACAGAAUUAAAUUUUCUGUGCCAAAUUCCGUUCCAAUUGUGAUUAAAUUAAAAGAUAAAAUGGUAGUUAAUAGGAAAGUUAAAAAGAUUCAUAAAAGAAAGAACGGUGUUAAUGAAGAUAUUCAUAUAAUUUGGUGA